AUUCAAUAUUUCUACAAAGAUAUCAAAAUCAUUCCAUCUAGCCUUGCCAACGAAGCUUUUUCUCCCUUUUUUUCACAAUCUUUUUCUGAAUCACUUCAUUUUGGAGAUUUCAGCUUGCUUCUCACUCUGAGAUUAGUAGCGAAGAGAGAUGAAGAUGCUGAAUGAGCCGGAGAUUAAGCUGUUCGGCCGGAAGAUUUAUUUUCCGGAGAACGGCGCCGUCGGAGAACGUUCCGGUGAGUGGUCCAACGAAAGUAGUGGCGAUUGCGAUCGCUGCUUGGAACAGAGCAAAGGGCAAGACGGAGAAGAAGUUGGAAGGAAGGAAAAGCAGGAGCAGAGAGAUGAGGAGAUAGCAGAAGGAGAAAUCUGUGAAACUAGUGCAGAAAAUGAGGAAUCAGAUGGUGGAUCGGAGUCGAACACGAAGACGGAAAAUUCGGAGCAAAAAACUCUAAAAAAGCCGGACAAAAUCAUCCCGUGCCCGCGGUGCAAGAGCAUGGACACCAAGUUCUGUUACUACAACAACUACAACGUGAACCAGCCUCGCCACUUCUGCAAGAGCUGCCAGAGGUACUGGACUGCUGGGGGCACCAUGCGCAACGUCCCCGUCGGCGCCGGCCGACGCAAGAACAAGAACUGCCGCCAUGUCGCCGCCGACGGAUUUCACAACCUCAGUUUCAACCCCACUGCCACUGCCACUGCCACUGUCCUCUCCUUCUCGCACCAAACUGACAACGACCGCUCUUCAAUUGCCAACCAGCCUGCAGCAAUGCUCCCAUGGCCGUUUCCGUGGAACUCCGCCGUCUUCCCUCCGAGCCCCAUGCCGUACUAUUUGUGGAACUCCGGCGGUUGGGCGCUGGGGAAGCAUCCGAGAAGUGGGGAGGUUGUGGAUCCGCAAGGGCAGAAGCGGAGGAGCUCCAUUGUGGUGCCGAAAACGUUGAGGAUGGAUGAUCCGGAAGAAGCUGCUAGAAGCUCUAUAUGGUCGACGCUCGGGAUCAAGUACGAUGCCAUUAGCAGAGAAGGCCUUUUCAAGGCCUUGCAGCCCAAGGGCGGUGACAAGAAACCGGCCAUGGCUGCCGCGGCCGCCUCGCCUAUGCUGCAAGCCAAUCCGGCGGCUCUGUCGCGGUCCCUUGCGUUCCAAGAGCGUGCGUGAUUGUGUUUAGCAUUUUGGUGAAUGUAGAUAAGUUUUGUACAAGUUGUAUACUCAUAGUUGUAGAUAUAUGCUUGUAUCAUAUUCAUUAACCGCUUUCAUUCUACUUUGCAAUUUUGGCAGCCCCACAAAA